AAUCACCGCAGCCUGCUUUGUCCACCACAACUUGAACUUCAAGUCCUCCGAGUCCACAACGCCGCCAUUCCUUGAUAUAUACUCCUCCUUCGAAUCCCGCCUCGUUCCUAACGUCUCGAUCCCCAGUCGCGCGACACUCCUCAAGGGCGAGGUCCAUUGCACGAGAAUAGCAUCUUAUCGAAGAACGCCUACACAGCAGCAACCGCAACUCCACGCCGGAAUCCCCCCACCGCACCGCGUUUCUCAAAGAUGCCAGCGGCAUCACCCCAAACAAUCAAAUUAAAAUCGACUUUGCGCCUCCUAAUCCCACGGCUUCGCAAUGCCCAAAAAAAGGACACAGCCCUGUCAAUCGCCGCGCGCCGCGAAAUGGCCGAACUACUCUCGCAGGCCCGCGAAACAUCAGCACGGAUCCGCGUUGAGAACAUCAUCCACACCGACAUCACCGUCGAACUGAUGGAAAUCCUAGAACUCUACGCCGAACUCCUACUUGCGCGGGCAGGACUUUUGGACAUGCGGGACAAGAACAUUAAAGAAGGCAACCACUCCAACACCACCGACCCGUCCUUGGACGGAACAUCCUCUUCCUCUACAGGCCUCGAAGAAGCCGCCGCGAGCAUCAUCUACGCCGCGCCCCGACUGCCACGCGAUGUGCGCGAACUGGGAAUCGUGCGCAACAUGUUAAUUGAGCGGUUUGGAAAGGACUUUGCGGUACGGGCGAAUGACAACAUUGACAACAUUGUCCCCGCGAGGGUCGUUGAUAAGCUUAAAGUCGAUCCGCCCAGUCCGAAACUGGUGCAGGCUUAUCUUGAGGAAAUUGCCAGGACGUAUGGUGUUGAUUGGCCGCCUGUGAAACAAACGAAUGAUUUGGAUGAGUUGGCGAGGGAAAUCAACGACGAAAAUGACGAUGAUGAUGAUAAUGGUGGGAUGAAGGAACAACCGAUCCUUGCAGAUACAGAAACCGCUGUGACGCCUUCGACACCAGGAGGGGUCAAGAAACCGAAUAAAAUCGAUAUAGAUGGCAUAGGAACGCUACAGAAUGCCACGCCGCCGAAAAGUUUCGCUCCAGGCGGUGGUGUCAGAAGUCCCGUGUCUGUCGCUCCGCCGGCUGCCAGGUCUGACAAUCCCAGUCCCAAAGUCAGGUUGCCUGGUGGUGGUGAGAUAGAAGACAGAAAACCGAAGCAACAGCCGACGACGACGUCUACUUCUACUUCUUCAAUAACGGCUAAAGCAAAUCAUGCGCCUGCAGCGGGAUCAGGAGGUGGUGCUGGAGGUGGCGUGCCCGGCAAGGUGCCCACCGUGGAUGAUUUGGCAAAGAGGUUCUCGGCAUUAAAGAGAUGAGAAACAACUUGAAGAGAAUUUUCACGAAAAGGGGUGGAUUGGCUCUGCGCAUAUCAGGAAAAAGGGAAGAGUACAUUCAAGGGGAUAGGGUCAGAAACCCCCAACCCACUGAUGCCCAUGCUGCUUCGAUCAUGGUACCCGGCAUAUUAGUACAUGUGCCAAUGGCAAUAUUGCUAUCAUGUCAUCUCCAUGCUGAGAGGAGAACAUGAUGCUCUUCAAUGCAGUGGCCGACAUAUGACCGCCGAGGCAGAGCUCUGAACGACUGCUGCCAGGUGGAGGAUUAAGUCUGUGGCCAGCCUGAAUGAGAGACAGCCUAGGGUAUACCUCCGAUGGAGCGCCUCGACUUGGUCGGCCCUGAAUAGGACAAGAUGAAAACCCUCGCUCCCUUCCCCAUCCGAUCUCUUUUUAGAGCGUAGAUGAUGCCUCAGCAGUGAUGCCACCGAUUGAAGCCAUUCGACGAGCCGUGGCUCCCUGUUUUGCGUCGAGUCGUCGUCUUUACAGGGGGCGAGAUAUAUACUGCAACUGCCAUCACAUAUCGUA